CCUCGCGGAUCUCGCCACUAUCACCGUACCCUUGGAUCUUAUCGGCUACGCAGGCAAAAACCACCCUUUUCUCUCGCGUUUAACCGCCAUCGACGCACAACAGUGUCCAACGAUUCGAGGACCGUUCAUCUCUGCUUCCGCAAGCCUUCUCGAGGGGUAGUUUCGACCGUCCACGUUCGUGAUCACGCAACAGGACAAAAAUGAUGGGUUCAACGAUCGUGAUCCUCAUUUCUUUGACGACCAUAUCGAUGUUCUGCGACAACAUUUCGUCGGCUCUGCCCUCGCAGUGUAAUCCUGGAUAUCUUGAUGAUCUCCCCCCAAGGAUUCGCAAAGUCUGCGCCGCCCUUUCCAGGAUAUACGAACUUGGCUCAGAAAUGGAAAGUUACAUCGACGAAAAAGACAACCACAUAACAGGUUUCCAUGAAAGCAUCCCAUUAUUGGACAGCGGAGUCAAAAGACAGGACGUUGAUCACGUUUUUCUGCGCUUUGGAAAGCGUCGCUAGACGCCUCAACAAAUUAUGCUUUACUCAAAAAAUAUUGAACAGCUGAACUCUUAUCGCUUAAUCGCCUCAUUAUCUAGCUAGGAAAGGAUAAUUUCAGACUUACUUCAAAAUUCAAUGCGGUUGCGAAUUAUAUUACUUUUGAUUCUCUCAUCGCUAAGAGAUACCAAAAGCAGUUUCCUCUUCUUCUUCGUCCAAGUAAAUUAUUUAGACAAAGUAUGAUUUGAAUCAAAGAAAGUUACUUCACAUUACUCGAAGUCGGUUGUAUUUUUAUAACAAAGAUAGAUAAAGAUUGGUACAAGGUGCAAUUCUAGUCAGAAUUCUAGUCAGGGCAUGGUUUUGUAUACAACAGAUUUCGUGGUUUUUUUUUCUUAAUAUCACUCCGAACGGAUAUUAGAAAGACACUUGCAUUUGUAACGGGAACUUCUGAAUACUAUCCAUCAUUUAAUCAUUCAUCAAACUUAACACAAAUAUAGUUUAAAAUAAAUGGAAUAAAUAUUAAUGAACAAAUGUCUUAUUGAAGAAUCAAAAUACCAAUUGCUUUCAG